AUGAAUAAUAAUUCAAGUAACCUUGAACGGUGUGCAGAUGCCGAUAAAGACAAUCUGCAAAAACCGGAUAUUUAUCUUCGCCAUCUACCAUGUCCCGAAUCGAUUCCACAACAAGCAUUCACUUUCUUCGAAAAGAUUCGUGAGAACCUCUCACGAACGAUUCAAGUUGGUGAAUAUCAUCCAGGUUUUAUUCUCUGGUCGAAAAAAUUGAAAGAAUUCAUUUCACUCUACGGAUUCUCGUUUACCAAAGAGGAUCAUAUCAAACUAAUUAAAUUGUACUUAUCGAUUAUAUCUUCAACUGAUAUAAGUUAUUCGGUUGCACAGAUCUGCUUCGAUUCGCUGAUAGAACUGUUACAGAAGAUUGAAUUGCUCACUCGAGAUGAUUUGACAAUUGAUUGGUGGAUAUUUUAUCGAUGGGUGAAACGUAUUAAAAAUCAUCAACACAAAACUUUUGUCAUGGUACCAUCAUUAAAAGAAUUUGAAACAGUCAUUCUUCACUGUACACAAAGUUGUUCGCCAUACUUUUCAUCGACGGCGACUCAAGAACUCCUCGAUGAAUUUUGUCCACAUCUAUGUCCUUUUGAUCGAAUUGCAAUUUGUGAUACCAUGCAAAUAUUUGACUAUUUCCUACCGAUGAACUUACCACCACACCUACAUGAUCAAGGAUUCAAAUUAUGGUUACCAGAAUUCUUUAAUCUUUGGGAGAAUAUCAAUAACGAAACUAUAUGGGAAGCGUAUCUUGUUAAUCUUUUCUCACGACUUGCUUGGUACAAUAUCGGCUAUAUCGACUGGACACCAUGGUUAAAUCAGAUUUUUACACAUUUUCUUCGAGGUUUUUCAUUACCUAUCGGUAAAACCCAAAAAACAACAAAGAAAUUCAUCUAUUCAAUGGGUGAUGUCGCACAAUGGAUUGUCGCUAUGAUAGGCAAUGGCAGCUCUUGUCUCGAACAUCUUCAGGAUUUACUCACGGCUGUGCGAAGUUUUUAUUAUCCAUCGAACACGGGAUAUUUUCAGAAACAACUUGUUGAGUUUCUUUUCGAGNUCGUUCUGGAUCAAACGUUUUGUACGUGA